UGGCAGCUGCUGAAAUCCGAACUGGAAAUCCAAUUUCUUUAUAAAGAUUAUUUCAAAUACGACACAGACGAUAUUUCACCAAAGUUUAUAAGACACUUAGAGAAAGAGGCGCAGAGGAGUCAGUUGAUUUUAAAGAAAGAAUCUUCUGGUCUUGUUGUAAUGGGCAAGCCUCAUGACGUCUUUGAAAUGAUGAACUUUGUCCAUAAGUCGUUGUCUAAACCUUCGCUUGAAUUAUCGUGUGCUCCCACUAGAGGCACGGUCGAUUUCCUGAAAUUUGCAGCAGAAUGUCCCAUCUCACUGCCAACGUACUGGCGAUUCGGAAAAUUUCAUGGAGUCGAUAGUCAGUCCAAGUCUACUGAACCUGUUCUGAAAACCGUGGGACGAAGAACCAAAUCAGCAAUAGAAAAACUGGUGAAUGAUACCUGGAGCUCACACCUCGUAGGGAAUGGACGAGACGCCCGGGGCUUGAGUCAUUCAAAUAUCAGAGUGACCGACGUGAAAAGAGUUGAGAAUCAUUUCUUGUUUAACGCAUAUAGUGCGAGGAGGAGACAGAUGUUUGAAAGAAAGUCAGCAGAGGAGAGGGUCUGUACUCCAGUUGAGCAGCUCAGAGGUUCUAAAGGUGGUGUGUUGACGACAGAGAAAAUUGAAGGGUUCAUGAAAAGAGAGCUGUACCAUGAAGUGAAUGAGCACUACAUGUUCCAUGGAACUAAGCAGGAGGCGGUUCCUGCAAUCAUCAACACUGGCCUUGACCCCAGGGUCGCCUCGUCCGUUUGCAUGUGGGGAUCUGGUGUGUAUGCUGCCGAGAAUCCAACCAAGUCUGACCAGUACACAGGUAGGUGUGACCAGUACACGGGUUAUUCUGAAUAGUGCACAUUAAGUCUGACUAGUACACAUAUAAGUCUGACCAGUACACAAGUAAGUCUGAUCAGUGCACAGGUAAGUCUGACCAUUGCACAUGUAAGUUAGAACAAUACACAAGUGAGUCUGACCAUAUUUAAGGUUAGUCUGACCAGUACACAGGUUAGUCUGACUAAUACACAGGUUAGUCUGACUAGUACACAGGUUAGUCCGACUAGUACACAGGUUAGUCUGACCAGUACACAGUUUAGUCUGACUAGUACACAGGUUAGUCUGACUAGUACACAGGUUAGUCUGACUAGUACACAGGUUAGUCUGACCAGUACACAGGUUAGUCUGACUAGUACACAGGUUAGUCUGACUAGUACACAGGUUAGUCUGACCAGCACACAGAUAAUGUGAACAUAGUGUAUGGCAUUAGAGGAAUUAAACUAUAGCAACACACCGAUAUAUGCCGUGUCAUUUCAAGGCCAUCCACUUCAGCAUGUCUAAGGUUUAAAGUCUUUCCCAAUUGCAUCCUGUCUAUUUAAAAAAUAAAAGUAACACCAACAAUUUCUAGAUACCAAUGACGACAGUGUUUAUCCGUUUAAAAUUCUACAAAACUAUUUUUGCAUCUCAGAUGACAGACAAUGUGGGUUUAACAGAUCAGACAAGAAGAUUUUGAUUCUAGCCAGACUUCUCCUUGGAGACAUCUUCGUCUGUGAUGAUUCUCAUUCAUCACUUCAUUGUAAGUACAGCGUU